UUCCUUUGUGUGUGGGCACCAGUCGCCGGCUGCGAGCGCGCCUGAGGAGGAGUAGAAGCCGCCAUUUUGUGCGUUUCCUCUCCCCACCCCCUUUCCCCGUUCUCUGCCGGUGAAGCUAGGCCGAGCUGCCCUCCGUACGAGCCUCAGCCUCGUAGCGCCUGUCGGUCUUUGCUAGGCUGCAGCUGCCCCCUACCGGCGGCAGCGGCGAGGAGACGUCUGGUGGCCGCGGCUCCGGCAUGGAGAACUCCCAGCUGUGUAAGCUGUUCAUUGGCGGCCUGAAUGUGCAGACGACGGAAGCUGGGCUUCGAGAAUACUUCGAGGCCUACGGGACCCUGACCGACUGUGUGGUUGUGCUCAACCCGCAGACCAAGCGUUCCCGAUGCUUCGGCUUCGUCACCUAUUCGGCCGUGGAGGAGGCCGACGCCGCGAUGGCCGCCUCUCCGCACGCUGUGGACGGCAACGCGGUGGAGCUGAAGCGGGCCGUCUCCCGCGAGGACUCUGCCCGGCCCGGGGCUCACGCGAAAGUGAAGAAGCUCUUCGUCGGAGGCCUCAAGGGGGACUUGGGCGAGAACGACCUGGUGGAGCACUUCAGCCAGUUCGGCCCCGUGGAGAAGGCCGAAAUCAUCUCCAACAAGCAGAGCGGCAAGAAGCGGGGCUUCGGCUUCAUCUACUUCCAGAACCAUGACGCCGCGGACAAGGCCGCCGUCGUCAAGUUCCACCCCAUUCAGGGCCACCGCGUGGAGGUCAAGAAGGCCGUGCCUAAGGAAGACAUCCAGGCAGGAGGUGGGGGCUCUUCCAGGUCGAGCUGGGGCGGCCGGGGAAGAGGAAGAGGCGGUGGCGGAGGAGGCGGCGGCAACCGGGACCACAACGGUCUCUCCAAAGGCGGCGGCGGCGGCUAUAACAGUUACGGAGGCUACGGCGGCGGCGGCGGCGGGGGCUAUGGAUCGUACGGCGGAGGGUCCUACGGUGGAGGUGCCAGCGGCGGUGAUUAUGGCAAUGGGUACGGCGGCUUCGGCAGCUACAGCCAGCAUCAGUCCUCCUACGGCCCCAUGAAGAGCGGAGGCGCGGGUGGUGGAGGGGGCGGCGGCUGGGGCCCGCGCAGUAACAGUGGACCAUACAGAGGCGGUUAUGGUGGGGGAGGUUACGGAGGCUCCUUCUAAGCGGGAAUUCCCCGUGACCGUUCUGGGGAUGUCAGUUUUGUCUGCAUGGAGUAUGCCCUCCGUUUGUACCGGGCCAGGUUCUCAAUUGUUCCCCUACUCUUUGCCUAAGGGCACCUCCAUACAAAAGGCUCCCAUGAUGCGAAGCAGCUCUUGAAUAUCCCUGCUGGGGUCGCUCUGCUGCCUGUGUCACUUCUUUCUAAAGAUGGACUGGGCCUCUCACACAACGAUUUUGUGUUAGUCAUUGAUGGACUCUAUUUUUUUAUUGCUUGGACAUUAGUCGUUUUUAUACUAGGAACAAGAUAUUGUUUAAAUUUUGGUUUAUUUGGGGUUGGGAGGGAAAGUCGUGCUGAUUCUGGAGUAAAACUUGGGAGGGAAAGGGGAAUUAACUUUGUAAGGACUUGGAUACCUACACAUUUUUUUCUACAAAAUUACUCUGGUUCCAUGGCUGUAAAAGGGGGGAAAUCGUUUUUACAUUUUUAUUUUUUAAAUAAAUCAUUGUGUUCAUUGACCUUUAUAUGUCUUUUUUCCUAGGGUUCAUUCCAUAGAGUUCAAACAAAGGCUUUUUGAGUGUGAAACAAGUUAUUUCUGCUCAAAUUUCUACAUGUGUUUAGAAUAAAAUGCUUUAUUUCUAGUAAAGGCCUCAAUUUUUUUUGCUGCCCUGCUGUAUUGGAUUUCUUACUACUUAAGAGUUGUAGGACAGUUUUUGAAAUGUCCAUUGGUGGAUGAAGUCAGUUAAAAUACUUUAUUGCACAUCCACUGUUUUAUAAUUGGGCAGUUGCCUUGCUGACAUGGUUCGUCUGUUUUUUGUAUUGGGAGUUAUCCAUCAACAUAUGUUCUAACACAUUUAAAGCAUGUGCUUUUUUAUAUAAGUGUUCAAAAUUUCAGAUUGCUCAGUUCCACAUUGUGUUAUUUAUUGGCUUGCCUGUAAACAAUCCAUUAUAGAGGAGGCUGCUUUUUCUUCUAUUAAAUACUUUGUUUGCAUAGUGAAGUCAUUUCAACAGGAUACUAUCUUAACUGUUCUUAUUAGAGAAGCCAAGUAUCCCAAGAGUGCCAUCUGCUGGCAGAAUAGUUCACCGUUGCUGUAAGUCUUUCUUCAACAGACCAAAUUGGCUCUCAAAUCUCUAGACUUAGGCCUUUAGAUGACAAAGGUCAAACUUGCAUGCCGACAAAAUUCCAGGAUGUUGGCUGAAGUAAUGCAUUUGAAACACCCAUAAGUAAAUUUCUUUAUUAAAUACUUAAAUUGCCCAGUCUUUAAAUUUUGUGCUAGGUGACUGAUAAAUGAGCCAGUAACCUAGGGGCCAGUUGUAAAUCAAAAUCUCUGUAGUUUGCUUGAUGUAUUUGUAGCCCUUUUACACAGUAGAAUUAAAGUUUGUUGUUCUAUUAACAAUGUUCUAGAGAGAAACUGCCUUCCUGAAUAGAAAUAUAGAAUAGUUAUGGAUAUUACAAAUAAAGAAUUGAAUUCUU